ACAGACGAGGCAAAGUGAAUUUGCAUCGCCACGUCAUUCUUUCAACGUUCCGCUGAAGACCAGCCACUGCAGCAGGGACGCCAUAGGAGCGAAUGGCUCGUUCCUAUGGCCGCCAAAUUGUGCUUGCGGAACUCGGAGUGCAUUCGAAUUGGUCAAUGGAAUUGUCAGCUCAAUGACACGGCCUUCUACGGCUGCCAUACAGGAGACGCCCGAACUCAAGGCACCUACGACGAGCCGAGGUGCAGAAGCUUGAAUUGCUCGUGUUGUCGCUCGUUUCAUCGUUUCGGGCGGAUGAACGUAUGUCGCGGCCUUGUCUGUGAAGCAUGUGGCUUGAAGAAUUGUAUUUGCCGAAGGUGACUGAGUUGCAAUUGAAGACUGGGAGUCGUGCUAGAGUGUGUAGAUUUGUUGACAUGGAACAAAUGAAGACAUGUGGGAAUUGGAAGUUUGAGUUCCUAAAUUAUUUCCCUGCCUUCCCUAUGGGAACGAAGAAGUAGGGGUUUUCUUAUCUUGGAGGACCAGAAAAAUGCUGCGUUUCGGAUUUCUGGGAGCGGGUUUGGUUUCCCUUCACAUUUCUGGACCUGCUGCCAUAGCGCCAACUUCGAGUUUCAACGUUCAGAACCAAUUUUCUUUACGUCUGAGUCCUGUAGUUGCGGUUGGGAGAGGUGGCAGAGGAUCGCCUCAUUAUAUCACUUCCAAGGAGGAUUUUGGUGUGCAAACUUGUGCGUCACACGAUUUACCAAGAAAAUGGGACCCGGAAAUUGGUGACUUUGUUGACAAUAUCGAUCAGAAAUUGAAUUUCACCGAUGGAGCCACUCUCGAGGGACGAGCCGAUAGUGGUGACGAGCAAAGUGAGGGUAGCACGUUCGCAGAGCCUGAAAAUGAGGCAUCUUUUGCUAGUGAAGAAGCAAGACCCAAAAGAAGAGUCAAGAGGUACCAGCCUCUUGGAAUUGAAAAACUUUAUGGCAGGAUAAAAGCUACCAGGAUCUAUGGAGUGUUGAAUUCUAGAGGAGAAGUCCCAGGCACAGAUUUAGCUCCUGUCCCCAGAAGGUACAGAGAUAGGUGUGAAGAUCAGAAAGGUUGGAGCAUUAAAGAGGUCGUAAGCAAAGUAUUAGAGCUGAAUCAUUGGGACGAUAUAGAUGUAAUACUUAAUGACUGGGUGGGUCGGUACAAUCGCAAGAAUUUUCCUCCACUCAUCAAGGCUGUAACAUCGACUGGUGCUUUGAAUCACAGUGUUCGAGUUUUCAACUGGAUGAAGAACCAGCGUUGUUAUCGGGCUCGAAAUGACAUUUACAAUUCCAUGAUAUGGCUUUACGCAAGGCAUCAACGAGUCGAUGGAGCACGCUCACUGCAUGCAGAGAUGCAAGAGUGGAGGUUGGUGGUCAGUUUCGGAUAUCAGCUAAACUCUGAAAGUUCAAAGAAUGGAUUUCGCGUGUAUAAUCAAGACCUUCGUGUGGAUUGGUGGAUGUGCAACCGAUGUAAGCCGGAUGUUGAAACCUAUAAUGCUCUCAUCAAUGUUCAUGGUCGUGCGCUGCAAUGGAGGGAAGCGCUUAACUUGUUUGACGAUAUGUUACGAGCUGAGGUACCACCCAGUACAAAAUCCUACAACAAUCUCAUAAAUGCCUGUGGGAGUAGUGGUCAGUGGGAGAGAGCUCUCAAAGUGUACGAACGAAUGAAGAAAGAUGGUGUCGCUGCUGAUCUUGUGACUCAUAAUGUCAUUCUUACGGCACUGAAAGUUGGGGAGCAAUAUGCCAUGGCCAUAGAGCACUUUGAGUCUAUGCUCUCUUGGAAAGUCAAACCGGAUAGAAUUACUUUGAACAUCAUCAUUAGCUGCUUCUACAAUUUAGGCACUUAUGAUGAAGCCAUCAAACUUUUCAACAGUAUGAGGAAUAUGAGAUUCGAUGAUUGUUAUCCUGAUGUGGUUACUUUCACGACCGUGAUGCAAGUCUACGCUGCUUGCGGACAAGUAGAUAAUGCAAAAUCACUUUUUGAGGCGUUAGUUGGAGAGGGAUUGGUCCCAAACCUUAUCACGUUCAACACUCUUAUAGGUGCUUACGCAUCGGUUGGAAUGUAUGUAGAAGCUCUUCAGGUUUUCAAGCUCCUAGAGAAGGCAGGUUUCGAACCGGACGUUAUAUCAUACACAGCUCUCAUGAACUCCUACAGCAAGUCAGGAAAGUCCCAUGAAGCCAGAGAAGUUUUUGAUCUCAUGAAGAGAAGAUCACGGAGACCUAAUAUUGUUACUUAUAACACUCUUAUUGAUGCUUACGGUUCUGCUGGUCUUGUGACUGAGGCUUUGAGGUUGUUACCGGACAUGGACUUUGAAGACAUUCCGCCGAACGUGGUCACAAUAUGCUCGCUAAUCGCAGCUUGUGGACGCAGUGGACAGGCACAGAAAUGCGUAGAUGUGCUUAAAGCUGCAAAAUUACGGAAGAUUGUCUUAAAUUUAAAUGCUUACAAUACUGCAAUUUCUGUUUAUAUGAAUGGGGGAAUGUAUGAGGAAGCGAAGGAGCUUUACGACAUCAUGCAGCAUCAGGGAGUUGCUCCAGAUUCUAUUACAUUUAGUAUUCUCAUCUACGGAGCUUCAAAAGUUGGAAAUGUUGAAGAGGCCCUAUCUCUUUACAAGGAAAUGCUGUCGAUGGGAAUCGAAGCAUCUGUUGAAGCAUAUUCGGCCCUAAUUCAUGCUUACGCUCAGCAGGGAAUGGCUGCUGCAGCCCAAGCAGCUUUUACUGAAAUGAAGCAGUCAUCUUGUUCGCCGAAUGUUUUUACAUACACGUCGUUACUACAAGCCUACAAGGUCGCGGGAAUGCCAGAGCUUGCUGCUGCUGUGCUUGAAGACAUGGAAUCAAGCUGUAUUAAACCAGAUGCAGUGGCAUGCUCGUCUCUCUUCUCCAUUUUCAAUGAAUCUGGGAAGAUUGAAAAGACGUUACGACUGUGGUCAAACCUAAGAAAAGAUGUGAUUCUUAAUGAAGUCGCAUACACACAGCUUUUCAUAGCUUGCAGCAUUAAAAAGGACUGGAGAACCGCACUGGAGAUUUUCGAGGACAUGCGUCAUGCAGGGGUGUCACCCACUUCCAGACUCGGAAACCACUUACUGACAUGCCUUGGCACUAGUGGGAAAGUUCAACAUCUAAUGAAGGUCUAUAAACAACUGAAAGAUCUCGGAAUGGUAUCAGAUAGACAAAGCUAUGAUAUAUUGAUUAGUAGUUUCUCAAGGGCACAGAAUUGGAGGAAAUGCAUUGAGAUUUUAAGUUGGUAUAAAUCUGAAAAUUUUGAACCUAGCCUCGAGACUUUCAAGAUGGUUCUGCAGUGUCUGGAAAAGAUGUGCUUGUGGACACAGUAUCUUGAAGUUUACUAUCAAAUGCUGUCUAGCAGGUGUUACCCCGAUUUCGUUGUUUCACAAAGUGUUCUUGAUGCGCUUAGAAACACGGGUCAAAGGAGUGAGGCCGAGGAGUUUCAGCCAACAGUUAAAUUACUGAAGAAGGAGGAAGUUAGGACAUUGAAGAAAGCAAUCCAAGUGUCGAAUACUUGUGUAAAAAGGAGAGAGAAGUCAAGAUCGUGAUAGACGGGAGGUUGCGGAGACAUUGUGGAGCAUGCACGCAUACGCAGUAAUUUCUUUCAGUCCAUCACGAUAAUUACAGUCUUUAACACAUUCUGAACUAAUUUGUACUCACACCCUGAGGUCCCUUGCCCACAUUGGGUCUACAUGAGUAGUAUUGGCCUAAAAGUCACAUAGCCUCGACACAGUUUAGGAAAUUAAUCGACUGAGGACAACAUAGGCAAUAUCAACCUAGGGGCAAACUGACAUCUUUAUCUUUUUUAUGUUGGGGUGAUAUUUUACCUUCAUGUAGUAAAUCUCGACAGUAAUUUAAUAUAUUCAUUUAACAAAAAACUGAGUGUAGAGAACGCGUGGUUUUAAGUGUCCACGCAAGCCAUCGGAGUUUUGUCGGACAGGCACCGUAAGGAGCUGUCAACUCCAUCCUGUAUUCUGAAGCCGUCAGUAUGAAGUCUGUCGGAUGCUCCUGCUUUCAUAUCAGGCGGGCACGUCACUGGGAUUAUUCAAGAUGAAAACGGGAAGUUUCAUUUCUCUCAGGCACCUACGGGCCACACAUUUUGUCAUCUGUUUCUUGAAUCUUACUCUCUAAGAGACCCAGCAUUCAACCCGCAUAGACUCUUGACCUGUAUGUAGAAACUAACGGAUUAAACCACAAGGUCUUACAGGCCACAUACAUACUGCCGAGAUCUUGCCUCAUACUAGAGGUUGUACUGCUGUUUUCAAGCACAAGAAAUCAACUGCUGCAUGAUGUUGAAGAGUUUUCGCCGAUCUAUCUAUGCUUAAAGCAGUAAAUUUGCAACCGAGUAGGUUGGUACCAAGCUUACACCCCGACGCACAACUUCGUACCUUGGGCUGAAAGAUAAAAACAGAGUCAAAACUGAAUGAGGUGACUAUCAGGGUACCCCUUCUCACAGUGAGACAAUUGAAGCCAGAAUGCAGAUCUGAAAAAUGACAUGAAAGUCGAAUAUCUGCGAGUUUUCUCCAAUACAAAGACUUGAUGAGCGUUGAACGAGGUCCUUGAAAGAUGAUGAUUUUGAGAAAAGUAUCUAGAGUAACCGUCCGAAAUUCCAGCUUAAAUCUUUUCGUAUAUGGAAACUUAGCACUUGUCUUGCUUUCAUCUGCCAAAAUCCAUUAUGGAUUCACUUUGUAUUUAUGAGUGGUGAAAACACAUAUGCAUUCAAGUGCUCUUCUGGA